AUGCUCACAUUCAGAAGAUCCGUUGUAGUAGCUGCUACAGUGUUACUUCUGUUUUUCGUGUUUUUUAGCGAUCCCAAGUCUAUUUCGGCAAAGGACCUACUUCAUGAUGUAGAACUGGAACAAAAACUUCAAAAGAAUAGACAGGAGACAGAGUCUGCUAUUCGAGAGUUGCAAGCAUCUACCUCUAGAGCUGAUGACGCUCAAGAGCGAAAAAUCGAGCUCCUGGAAGCCCAACGAAAAAAUCUUGAAAAGCAGCUACAGCAGUUGAGGCGGCUACCACCAGAUGCUGGUGUUCGAACACAACUUGCUUUCCAGUUUCCUUAUGAUACCCUAAACAAGUUUCCCGCUUACAUUUGGCAGACGUGGAAGCAGGAUUUCGAUGAUCCAAAUUUUGACGAGAGAUUCAAGUAUCAUGUUCGAUCUUGGGAUGAAAAGAAUAAUGGAUUUGUUCAUGAAGUUAUGUCAGAUCAGACUGCUAGAACCUUGAUUCGUUAUUUGUAUAUGAAUAUUCCUCAAGUUAUCGAAGCUUAUGAAGCCAUGCCCGAAAAUAUCCUCCGUGCCGACUUUUUCAGAUACUUAAUACUACUCGCUAGAGGUGGUACCUACUCUGAUGUGGAUACUGAAGCUCUGCAACCUAUUCCUAACUGGAUUCCCGAUAGAAUUGAUCCUAUGAAGCUCGGUCUGAUUAUUGGUAUAGAGGCUGAUCCCGAUCGUCCUGAUUGGGAUGAAUGGUAUGCUCGUAGAAUUCAAUUCUGUCAGUGGACUAUUCAAUCAAAGCCUGGUCACCCAGUUCUAAGAGAGAUUGUUGCUAAAAUUACUGAGACUACUUUACAAAAGAAGAAAGAGAACAGACUGCAACUUCCUAGCACAAAAGACAGAGGUUCUGAGGUUAUGGAUUGGACUGGACCUGGUGUCUGGACUGAUUCAGUCUUCGGCUACUUCAACGACCCAGUAAAGAGUGGUCUAUACUACCCCGUUACUUGGUCUAAUUUCACCGGUAUGGAUCAACCUAAGGCUGUGUCCGAUGUAUUAGUGCUUCCCAUCACGUCAUUCAGUCCUGGUAUUGAGACUAUGGGUGCUGGUGGUGAUAAUGAUCCUUUAGCAUUUGUCAAGCAUCAUUUUGAAGGCUCUUGGAAGCCCGAAGAUGAGCGUAUGAACAGUAAUUAA